AUGAAUCUCGUGGAUUCAUGGGUCCAGACCUGCUCCGCCGCCUUCCGGAGGCCGUCUCAGCUCAAAUCCCUAAUCAGCUUCGCUGCAAUCGAUCCCGUAUUCUACCGAUCCCGGCGCCGCGCCUCCGCCCUCACCGUCGUCGCCGAGGAGGGCGCGAAGAACAUCGCCGCCGUGGGGGAGAAACCGCCCUUCGAUUUCAAGGCCUACGUGGCGGAGAGGGCCGAUUUUGUCAACAGGGCACUCGACGACGCCGUUUCGGUCAGGGACCCGCCGGCAAUCCACGAGGCGAUGCGGUACUCACUCCUGGCCGGCGGGAAGCGGGUCCGGCCGAUGCUGUGCCUCGCCGCGUGCGAGGUGGUCGGAGGGCAGGUGUCCGCCGCCGUCCCAGCAGCCUGCGCGGUGGAGAUGAUCCACACCAUGUCCCUGAUCCACGACGACCUGCCGUGUAUGGACAACGAUGAUCUCCGCCGCGGGAAGCCCACCAAUCACAAGGUUUACGGCGAGGACGUGGCGGUGCUCGCAGGUGAUUCCCUACUGGCAUACGCAUUCGAGUUCAUGGCCACAACCAUAACCGACGUCCCCCCCGACCGUGUCCUGGCGGCGGUUAGCGAGCUGGCCAAGGCCAUUGGCACGGAUGGCCUUGUGGCCGGUCAGGUGGUUGAUCUCAGCUGCACGGGCACCAACUCAUCGGUUGGGCUCGACACUCUGGAGUUUAUACACGUGCACAAGACAGCUGCCUUACUCGAGGCUUCCGUGGUCAUCGGGGCUAUUUUGGGCGGAGGGAAUUCCGAGCAGGUGGAAAAGCUAAGGACUUUCGCCCGCAAAAUCGGGCUGCUUUUUCAGGUGGUGGACGAUAUUUUGGACGUGACUAAGUCGUCAGAGGAGCUCGGUAAGACGGCCGGGAAGGACUUGGCGGUGGACAAGACGACUUACCCGAAGCUGAUGGGGCUCAACAAGGCUCGGGAGUUUGCGGGGAGGCUGAACGAGGAGGCGAAGGAACAGCUGACAGAUUUCGACCGGGAGAAGCGGGCCCCGCUGGCGGCGCUGGCCGAUUACAUUGCUCACAGGCAGAAUUAG